CAAAUCAUUAAUCCCAAAAUUUCAUUACUAAUUUCGGUUUUCUCAAUCAUCACUCUCUUUACUAUUUCCUAGGAUGAGAAAUUUUUCCGUAGAUUUAGCGUUUUCUAUUUUAGUAUGAAACGACGUCGGAUUAAUUAACCGGUGUCGUUUUCAUUAAAUGAAAAACUGAAGCACGACUUGGUGUUAAUUCAUCUGCUCAUCCGAUCACAGGAUCUCCUCAUCUCUGUUUCUCCGCCAUGGACGAUCUUGCAUUGCAGAAAAUUGCAGUGUCAGGCCCCACACUGGCCUCCAUGAUCGAGCGGAUCAAUUCCUGCUUGGGCGACGCCGACGGUCUUCUCUUCGGCGAUGUCGCCAGCAUCACACCCACCGCACUCUCCGACGACUCUACCCAAACUCCCUCCGAUUCGCAGCUUGUCGCCACUAUCUCCGGCUUCCUUUGCUUCAUCUCUCCCCUCUCCUUCUACGAUUCAGCCGGCCGAGUUGACCCGACCCUCGUCACCACUCAUCUUAACCAAAAACCCCUUAUUGGUUGGUUCUCCUCUCGCCGGAAAACCCCCAUCCGCCCCUCCAUGCGUGAAUUCUCUGUCACCCAUUCUCUCUCCUCAAUCCCAAAUUUAUCUCUUCCCAUCCAAAACCCGAACUUUAGUUCCAAUUUCCCGCCUUCAAUUUUUCUCCUUUUUACUACUCCUUUCCAGGACCAAUUAAUCCACACAAACCAGUAUUGCGCAUACCGGUUUCAAUUACAGAAACAGUGUUUUAGUCCUGUUUCGAUUGAUAUAGUGAACAUUGGGCCUGCGUUUAGGGGGCAUUAUGGGUCGUUUUGCCCAAGCUCUGCCCUGCCAUUUUUGAGCUGUGAGUUGAAGAACUCAGCGGCCAUGAAUGAGGAUAGAGAUAAGGGCAGUUUGAGUGGCGUAAAGCAGGCGGCAAAGGAUCAGGAAGACUUGGACAUGUGCGCGGAGGGGAUGGACAUUGGGAGGUUAAGCCAGUUAAUGGGGCCAGAGGCUGCCAAUUACACAGCCGGGUUGGAGCAUUUGUAUGAGAAGAUGCUAACUAAGCUUGAGAGCUUGUCCAGGCUCGUUGAAGCCAGUUCUGCUAAGGUUCUUGAGCAGGUUUGUUUGUGUUUACUGUUUCUAUGUAACAUUUAUGUGUGCAAUUCGUGGCAUCUUGCUUAGAUACUAGCUGGGGAGCUUUCAAUUGAAUUACCAAAUAUGUUUAACAUGAUGAGAUCAUAGCUAUUUUUAUCCUCUAUGCCCUUAAAUUAGGUUUCUUUUUGUAUUGUGAUGAAUGCUCUGUUUGGAUUAGCUGUUAGAAAGCUGUGUUGUUGGUCUCUAUUGGACAACAACAAUUUUCAGCCAUCCGAUAUGGGCUAUCACAUAUCACCCUAUCAGCUACAUAACAUAGGCAAAAUCUUACUUCCUUGAAGUAGCUCUAAUGGCUUUUAAAGUGAGUUUUGCAGGAAAAUCACAAUAGGAAGUUGAGGUUGAAAGUUGCAAAAUCUGCUGGAGUUGAAUGACUAUUACUUUACUAGUCUCAGUUCCUUGUUUUUAAUUUUAGAAAACAGGGAACGGGACGUAUCUUGGAAGGGGGUGAAUCUGGUGCGUAUCUUGGAGCUGACAUUCAGAAGAUUAUCAAUUUCAAUGCUUCAUGAGGUCAGAUUCCUUUUUGUUGACCCUUAGCAUGGUUUAGCAGAAAAACAACGCAGCAGCUGCUGAUGCUCCAUGAUCAGAAAUCUUGUUGGUCUUUUGAGGUAGUGGUGGAUUUGAAUUUUGAAGCUUCCAUCUAUUUAUGGGUUGUGUACCCUUAAAACGUUAUUAUCCCUUUGUAUUUGUAUAUUUUUCCAUAUUUUUCUAUCUUUUCUCUCUGAACUUUGAAGUCUCUGUUUUGUUAGACCUCCAAACCAAUGAGAGCAUGCCUGAGUUAGAAUUUAC